AACAGUUCGACCACGGCGGCGAGGGGGCAGAGAAAACCGACGGGGAGAAGAGGUCCGUUCCGAUAAAAGUCAUUAGCAUUCAACGAUGGCCUCCAUCACGAACUGGGUCCGAUACAUGGCUCACAAACUCGAAUACUCUCUCACUCUCAGCCUCAAGAGUCAUACUAGAGAGAAGCUCAGUGACCGGGAACUCCUUGGUGUAGUCAUGAAGAAUCUAUUUUAUGGAAGGAUAACCUACUUACACAACUCGAUUAAAGGACAAGAGAUGGCCCCAACCAUGGGAACAAAUGAAAACACGCUGCUUGUCCGUAAGCUACCAGUUGUUGAUACAAGGUACGUUUUCAUUGGAGAUGCUGUUGUCUUGAAGGACCCGAAUGAAACAAAUAAGUAUAUAGUCAGAAGAUUGGCAGCUACAGAAGGAUCUGAAAUGGUUUCAAGUGAUGAGAAAGACAAGCCUUUUGUUCUUGAAAAGGAUCAGUGCUGGGUUGUAGCUGAGAACCAAGAGAUGAAAUCUAAGGAAGCAUAUGAUAGUCGAACAUUUGGUCCGAUUUCAAUGGCGGACAUAGUAGGAAGAGCAAUAUAUUGUCUGAGGACAGCUGUGGAUCAUGGUCCAGUAAGUAACAGUGAAUUAGCCAUGGAAGAGGAUUCUCCAAUCCUGGCGGUGGAACUUGAUGUUGAUGAAAUGGCAAAAGACCACAAGGCGUAAUAACAAGGAAACAUCUUGCACACAUUUCACUGUCUCUUUGUUUCAGUUCUAAACUCCAAUUUAGAUGUGUCAUUGGGUUGGGAGAUGCCACAGGCAAAUGUAGGCCCGUUGGUUCUAAGCUUAAUACGAUACGGAUACUGUUGAGUGUUGAGGAAAAGGUUCCAUCAUGGUGGCUUCAUCUCUAUGAACGACCAUUUCUUUAAAGUUUGAAGAAUCCAGAAAACAUGGUUUUAAACCGAGCUGAACAAGACUGUACCGAUUAAUAAAUAAUAUGAAAUUGAUUUCGGUU